GGGUAGCACUGGCAAGAAAAGGAUUUGCCCUUACAGGAGAAAACUUGUUGAAGAGUUACUUAAUAAAGUCCCUGAAAGCAUGACCUUGCAUGCUGCAUGCUGUAUAAUCACACUUGUCUAUACAAAGAUGUUGACUGAUUUGCCAAGAUGGAAAGGUCAGAACGAUUAAAGUAUAGUCUGUCAAAUUUUAAAGGUCAGAUGAACAAAAGCGUAAAAAGUAGGGCUUAAUGCCCCUUUCUCAGCCCCCUUUUCACCUUCUGUCACCGCCCUCAUCUGUGGUAUAUAAAUAUAUGAAUUUUACCUCUCACACAUCACCUCUCUGAAUUUGCUGCACUCUCACUGGUCGAAGACAUUCAAGCCUGAUCAUGAGCAGAAACUUCUUGUCCAAAAAUGACGAGCUCCGCAGGGGAGACUACCUGGUGUCCAACAACAAGCAGUACAAAGCUAUAUUUCAGGGUGAUGGCAACUUUGUCAUCUAUGGCUGGAAGCCUUUGUGGACUUCAGACACUGAUGGAUCAGACGCUGUCCGUCUGUGCAUGCAGGCUGACUGCAACCUGGUCAUGUACAGCAAGUGUGACACGCCUAGGUGGCACACAAACUCUGCCAAGUCUGCCACAUGCAACAUGUGCCGUCUUCAACUGACUGAUGACGGCAAACUGGUGGUGAACAGAGAGUGCGAAGAAAUCUGGAGCUCUGAAAAGUCCAAAGGCAUGAAGUGAUGCUUGUGUGCGACCGUCCUUUGGCAUAAACCUUCAGCGAUGCUAUUAAAUCAACAUAUACCAGUGCAUAAACAAGCCUUUCCUUUUUCUUUCUGUUUAGCUCUGCAAGGUUCUGAAUCUUAGCCCUCAAUCUGCAUUUUUUCUCUUUACAGCUUCCCUCUGUAAAACACAAAGGAUUGUAACCAAAUGGCAAAAAAUAAAAAUAAAAUGAAAGGUAUCUGACCAA